AUAACUAGAACAUAAAAAUACCUUCCAUCACUGCCGCUCACAAACACAUUAAGCAGUUAUCGAAAAGCAAAUCAGAUAACGUAAUUAUAAAUAUUGCUAGAUUGAUAACAGUAAAUAGUUUGCUCAAUAUGAAUUUUACAACAUGUUCAAAAAAUUCUAACUUGGUAUUAAAACAUAUUUUCUAUAAUUUUCAUCGAAGCAACCAAACCAUUCUCCGAACAGAGGAAUCAGGUAACAGUCACGAAAUUAUUUCAAAGCGCAAUUGCACAGAAAAACAUUCAAACUAGUCCAAAAUUUGCCUGUGGGAACAAAAUAGUUAUAUAUAAAGAAACAAAAACCAUACCCACCUAUUUAAAACAAUGAAAUAUCUAUCUGGUUCUUCGAAACACUUUUUUGCUCCCAGUACUUUCAGUUUUUUAUAUCCCUCAUGCAAUAAUAGACGAAUACACGCUCAAAGCAAUAUCACACCAAAAGAAAAGAAAGAAAAACCAAAACAAUGCCAGCCCUGCAGAGGAAGAUCCUUCACAUAACAGGGUCAUUUCAGCAGAAGUCAACUCACAAUAUUUUAAUCCUACAUUUAAAUAAAAACAACCCAACUAGACUUCCUCACUCUCUCUCUCAUACACAUUAUUGGUAUAAGAAAGGUGGAAUGAACCGUUAAUCAUGUAAUUUUCAUUUAGAGAGAGGUAGAAAAUGUUGGAUAACGGGUUAUUUUUCACUGCGGUGAUUAGUGAUCCCAUCCCUUCACUGACUGUUACAAAUUCAAGAUAAUAUAACCUUAUUUUUUAUGUACUGAAGAAUAUAACAGUUUCAAAGUCCACAAUUUUAUCAAAUAUACUUAAUAAUCUAAAUUAUACUUUACUUAAUUUUUACGUUAUAAAAAUUAUUUCUCAAACAUUUUUUCAAAUAUGUUGGGUGUAUGUCCCUUAUUAAAAUUCUCAAAUGUAAAUAUAUUUUUAAAAAACUCCUGUCGUUAUUUAAAUCUUCUAGAAUAUCAAAGCAAAAAUCUUCUAAGAAGAAGUAAUGUCGCAAUUCAAGAAUUUUGCAUGGUUGAUAAAAAUGGAUCACAAGCACUAGAUAAAUUUUAUGCUGGGGAAUAUGUUAUCAAAGCACAAAUAUUGGCUGGUGGAAGAGGAAAAGGAUAUUUUGACAGUGGGUUUAAAGGAGGAGUACAUAUAACACAGAAGAGAGAAGAAGUGCCUAAAAUUAUCAAAGAAAUGCUGGGGCAUAGAUUAAUAACUCAACAGACUCCAAAGGAGGGUAUAGAAGUCAAUAAAGUUAUGAUUGCAGAGAGUGUAAAUAUAAAAAGGGAAACAUAUAUUUGUAUAUUAAUGGAUAGACAUAGAAAUGGCCCUGUAAUCAUAGCUUCACCUGCAGGAGGUGUUGAUAUAGAAGCAGUUGCUGAAAACACUCCUCACUUAAUAAAAAACCUUCCAAUUGAUAUUUUUGAAGGGGUAACUGAUGAAAUGGCAGAUGAAUUAGCAGAUUUCCUAGAGUUUAAAGGGCAAUUAAAAACUAAGGCUAUUCAUGAAAUAAAAAAAUUGUGGAAACUCUUUGUAACUAUAGAUGCUACUCAAUUAGAAAUAAACCCUUUAGUUGAGACAGAUGAUGGAAAAGUUAUAUCUGUUGAUGCCAAAUUAAAUUUUGAUGAUAAUGCCAACUUCAGACAAAAAGAAAUAUUUGCUAUGGAUGAUUUGUCUGAAAGUGACCCCCGAGAAGUGGAAGCAGCUAAAUAUAAUUUGAAUUAUAUUGGAAUGGCUGGUAAUAUUGGUUGUCUUGUAAAUGGUGCUGGAUUAGCAAUGGCAACAAUGGACAUUAUAAAGCUUAAUGGAGGAGACCCUGCAAACUUUUUGGAUGUAGGAGGCGGUGUGAAAGAGGAUCAAGUACGAGCAGCAUUCAACAUCAUCACAUCAGACACAAAUGUUAAAGCUGUUUUAGUUAAUGUUUUUGGAGGUAUUGUAAACUGUGCUACAAUAGCCAAUGGCAUAGUGGGUGCUUUAAAAAAUAUGACCUUAAAAAUUCCGCUGAUUGUUAGGCUAGAAGGAACCAAUGCUGUCGAAGCUAGAAAAAUUAUUAGUAACUCAGGUCUUGACAUUAUUACAGCUGAAGAUUUAGAUGAUGCUGCCAAAAAAGCUGUACAUAGUAUUUGACAUUCAGGAAGUAAAUAUACUUGUUUAUUCUAUAAAUAGGAAAACCAAACAAUAAACAAACUGUUAGUUGAACAAUUAUUUUUGACAAAAUAAUUAAUUUUCUUCAAGGUGUUCAAAUGUUCUCUUUGUUCAAUUUGGGCAUAUUAAUAAUAUGCUAUAAAUAAAUCUAAAUAGAUUAAAGGAGUUAUAACAAAAAUAUAAAGCAGUGUUUAUAGUUUAUACAUAAUGUAUCUCUUAGACAAGAA